CGUCAAGCGUGCCAACUGUCGUGAAAGCACAUUGACACAGAAAGAAGCCAGAAGGACGCUAAUAAGUCAGUCUUAUUAUUUGUUCUCCAGUUUGUAAAAAUGUAUGUCGUAUAAAAUACAUCUUUGAGUCUGUAAUUCAGGAAAAAACCCGUCUUGGCGAGCGAGAACCUUAUCGUGCUAGCAAGUUUAGCUAGCUUAGCUUGUUAGCUGCUAACAAAGAGACGCGGAUGUUAUCAACACAUCACUAAGUAGAGAUCAAAUACGCUGUUUUCAAGAAACAUCAAGUUGUGUUACACACAACAGACGUCCAGCAGCCCCCUCACAUGAAAGAGGAAGAGGAGGAUCCACAGCCCACCCACAUGAAAGAGGAAGAGGAGGAUCCACACAUGAAAGAGGAAGAGGAGGGAGAGUGUGUUGUAGGGCAGGAGGAGGAUGAUGUCAGCAUGUUUCCACUGACUGUUGUCUCUGUGAAGACUGAAGAGCAUGAAGACAAAGCACCUGAGUCCUCACAGCUUCAUAACAGUUCAAACGUCCAGCAGUCCCUUCACUUUAAAGAGGAAGAGGAGGAUCCACAGCCCACCCACAUUAAAGAGGAAGAGGAUGAUCCACAACCCACCCACAUUAAAGAGGAAGAGGAGGAAGUGUGGAUCAGUCAGGAGGGAGAGUGUGUUGUAGGGCAGGAGGAGGAUGAUGUCAGCAAGUUUCCACUGACUAUUGUCUCUGUGAAGACUGAAGAGCAUGAAGACAAAGCACAUGAGUCCUCACAGCUUCAUCACAGUCCAAACGUCCAGCGGGUGUCAGUGGGGAGUCAUGAAGAGGAGUGGCACACCAGUAUGGGACAGAAGGAGCUACAGGCCCCCUCCCACAUUAAAGAGAAGCAGCUUCAUGAUGAAGAUGAAGCUCAGUCCUUACAGCUUCAUCACAGUCAAAGUGAGGAGAACAGAGGGGCGGAGCUUGUAAGUCAACACAUCACAGAAGCUGAUGGAGAGCAUUGUGAAGAUAUAAAGUCAGAACCAGACAGCAUCUUUGCUCCACUGUCAGACAUGGACCACAUGAUGUCACACUCUUCUGAUCACAGUGACCACAUCCAAAAACUUUUGGAGAGUAAAAAUGACUCUAAAGGUGAUACGAGACAUCACACUAACAAAAAACACUUUGACUGCUCUGAAUGUGGGAAAUCAUUUAGACUGAAGAGUAAUUUUACAAGACACAUGACAACACAUACUAGAGAGAAACGUUUUACUUGCUCUGUUUGUAAGAAGAGUUUAUCCAGAAAGGAACACAUGACCACACACAUGAGAACACACACUGGAGAGAAACCAUUUGCUUGCUCAGCUUGUGCUAAAAGAUUCAACACUAAGAAGGAAAUUAUAUUACACAUGAGAACACACACAGGUGAGAAACCUUUUACUUGCUCUGUUUGUAAGAAGAGUUUCUCCACAAAGCAACGCAUGACCACACACAUGAGAACACACACUGGAGAGAAACCUUUUAGCUGCACUGCGUGUGAUAAGAUGUUCACGUUUAAGUAUCAGGUGAGUAAACACAAGUGUGUAACAGUCAUGGAAGCUGCAGGGAUUUAAUAACACUUAAACAGUGAUUGUGCUAAAUGUAGUUUAAAAACACGUUCAUGUUUAAUAUGAAUGUAUAUUUGAUGUUGUAUGUAGUGCUUCUCAUCUUCUAGUCUUAUAUGUUGUCCUGUAGUUACUUUUUAAGUUGUGUGCAUGUAUUGAAUAUUAUAUAUGUAGCUACUAUUUUAUUCUAUUUUUUCAUCUUUGAAGAGAGGACAUCUUAUUAUUUUCAUUGUUUAUU